AUGAGUUAUUCCAUAGAUCACUUUGUAUAAUUGUUAUACUUCGAUAACUUGGAGCAUCUGGAAAGCGGGCAGAACCAAACAAGAUAGAAAGUCAAAGAAGGAAAAGUCUGUGAUGAAAUCAUAUUCCAAUCACUUGUCAAGGUCUAGUUGAUCAGAAUUGUCAAACCCGGUUAUAAUGUGCAUCAGAAUCUCAAAAAAUUGAUUACAAUUACUCAAAGUGAAGAGCCAAUACGAAAUUUGGAGAUUUUUGCUAAAUCUUAUUAGUCCAACAAACCAUAAUCAAGAUAUCAACUUCUCUUUGGAAGUCCUGAAAUCUCUUCCAACAAUUGUGAUAUCCUUAUCACACUUGAAUAGCCAUACAUCACCGAUUUUAUAGUGUUCAGAGGACAAUAUAAACGACUGACAAUUUGCAUGUAUGGUGAAAUCAUGUCAGGACAAUCGAUCCAAAGUUACAAUCCUACUUAUGGUAAGAAUAUUGGGUUACAGGAGUUGAAUGAUGUAAUCGAUGCCAGAAUUUAAAGAGUACGCUCAAUCAAUCAACCACAAAUCAUUAAGUAGAAAAAUUAGGUUUUGGAUCACAUUUACAACCAAGAGAAUUACCAUUUAUGUGUUGAUAAUAUUCAACCACAAUUAUUACUUGAAGAUAAACAAUUCAAUUAACAGGAGUCAUAAAAAUAAAUUGAAAUCUUGGCCAAGGAAUUGAAAUCAAUAGAUUAAGACUAUGAUUUUGUAGAUAAACAAUUGGUGUCAUUGUAUCAUGAGAAAUUGGAAUAAAUGCAUAGAGUCUUAACCAAACAUUUAAAACAUUCAAAGGCAGAUAUCCAUUCAGCUGCACAUUUCAAUGAUGUUGAUCGUAUUUACAAAUUGCUACCUACUUCACUUGUGGAUUCUGUGAUCUUUGCAAUCCAUGCAUCCUAUUCUUCAGCAAUUAGAGCAUUUCCAAUUAUCAUUUAAUUACUCAGUUCUAAAUAUCAUGCCUUACUAUUUUUGGAUAAGGGAGGCCUAAAUAAGUUAUUGGAGUUUCUGAUAGAGGUACAACAAUCGCCUAGUUACUUUAAAUUGAAGGUGAUUGAGACUUUGUACAAUUGUAUGAAUCAUGUAGAAUUCUGCAAUGAGUUGAUAACUCGAAACGUGGAAAUCAAAACACAAGAUUCUGAGAAAUCACCGAAGAAGAAGAAGAAAGUGAAGAAGGAUAAAGAGAAGAAGAAGAAGGAGAACAAGGAGGGCAAGAAGAAGAAGAAUAAGAAGAAGAGUAGAAGCAGGAGUAGGAGUAAGAGCAAGUCAGUGACUCAGGAGUAGCAGCAAUUUACUAACGAGUAAGUGAGCAAUUUUAAUGGAUUUCAGUUGUUGGCUUAUACGGCAUCGAAAAGUGAAGAUGAGAAGAUCGUUUAAGCAUGUCAUGUGGCUUUGAACAGAUUGUAGAUUUAUGUGAGAUUCAGGAAGUUGAAGAAUAUGAUUGAUUUGGUUUAUUAGGGGAAAUUGGCAUUUAUUGAGGAUGGGACCAUGGAGUUCUUAAUGAAUAAUCUACCAUAUCAGUGGGAAUUCGAGAAUCUUGUGGGAUUGGAUUUGUUUUUGUUCGCUGUUUAGAAGGACUUUUAUUGUGAUAGGCAGAGGGAAUUGAUGUAUUGUUUGUUUGAUGCAGAGAAGACGAAGACUGCCAAUUUUAAGUUGGUUAAGGAGAUAUUGCAGAUGAAGGACUUAUGUAUAACAUAUGCAAAUGCAAUGUGGUUUAAGUAGAUGUAAUUUAUGAAGUACAUUGCUGCUAUGAUGGUGCUUAAUUAGAAUUAUAGUUAGUGUUGUUAAUUGAUUUAUCGCAUCUUAUAAAUUAAGGGGGGCAUUGUAGUCAUUUGUCAGGAGACUACAGCCCUAAAGUUGAUAAUAAGAGUCUUAACCAAAAACAAUGAUAUAUAAUUAUUAAAUUUAAUAAAAUCAUCAUUAGUUUUGAUCAAUUUAAUGGAUUAAAUUUACAUUAAACUAUUAGGUUCUGAUUAUGAUUAUGAAUUGAUAUCAUUGUUAGGUUAAUUGUAAUAAUACACUGAAGAAUAAGAUGAAAUAACUCAGAAUUGUGCAGCUGUUACUCAUUUGAUGAAUAAUGAAUUCUUCAGUGAAGCCUUAUUGUAUAUCAUGUCAGUAACUAAAUUGGAUGACAUAAUUGAACACGAAGUAGAAAUCACAAUUAUGUCCCACAUCUUUAUCAAUAUUCUAAGAUACAGCGAUACAAAUAUAGGACUCUUUUUGGCUGAUCGUCUUAUAGCACCCAAUGCUCGCUUUAUCAAAUAUGUCAACACUGAGAAAUCCAGAUUCAGUGCAGAUUUCCGGUUAUCUCAAAUACUCUUAUCAGGUGUAUUAGAACCAUAUGAAUUGUUUUUGGCCAAAGAUACAACUAAAGCUAUUAGGGAAUCAUUUCACGCUAAGUUGAAAUUCGUUGCCAUCAAUCAAGAUCCUGAUAAAAAUAAGUUGAAGGAAUAUUUUGGAGUGGGAGAACACAAGAAAGGAAUUCAUGAGGAAUUGAAAACUGAAUUUAGACUUUUGGGAACAUUCGAUUAACCUUAUUAAAGUUUACAGUUUUUAGAUGGAGCAAUCAAAAUAUUUAAAUGGUUGUGUAGUUGCAAUAAGUUUUAUUUCAUUCCAUUCUUUGAACAUGAAGUCAUAGCUGGAGUAGAGUGUUUUGCUGGCAAAUUAAUUAACUUGUUUACAGCCAUGACUUCGAAAAAUAUACAGACUGAAUAUAUGUUGAUCAAACUACCAAAUCAAUAAUAGAUCUUAAGACAUUAUUUCGAUCUUACCUUCAACACUAUAGAGUUGAUCUAGGAACGAUUGAAAUUCAGAGUACAAUUGGGAUGUGAGAGUUCAUUCCACUCCAAUGAUUUAUGCAAGAUCCUCAUCGACUUAUGGGUCUCUCUAUAAAAGGUAUAGCCAAAUGGACUCAGAGGAUGCAAAUAGAAGGUCGAAAAUCUAUUGAACAUCCUAAGGAAUUGCUUCAAUUAUGUUAUUACACUGAAUUCAUUUUAAGAUGAGGACAACGAUUAAUUGAAAUUGCAUGCCCAAUAAGGAAGUUAAGAGAUUUAGACUUUAUUUUAAUCUUUGUAUUUGUCAGCAUUCAGAAAUUAAGAAGAGUAAAAGUACAUUCUUAAUUUGAUGCAAUACUUGAUUAAAGAUAAUUAAAAUAAACCUUAAUUCAGCAAUAACCUAUUCAAUGUGCUGUUUAAACCUAUGCGCAAAAACGAUGAUGAAUUUGAAAAUUACACAAAGAAUGGAGACCUUGGAUUUCUUAUUGAUACCAUGGGAGACUAGAAAUGUCUAUAGAAUCUGAUGUAAUCUUCCUUAAGAACAUUUGAUUCAGCUUUGCAAAAUGAAAUGUUCAAAGUCUUAAGGAAUCUAUUGGAAUUGUAUGAUCAUAACAUCUCGUAACAUCUGUUCAAAAUAAUCGAAGAUCAACUCAAGAAUUAUUCCAAUAAAAUUAAGGCCUUAGCUAAGAAAGAAGAUCAAUAACUCUAUUUGAAAUACAGGUAAGAUUGGGUGCUUUUGGGAUUGUUCUUAACCCAAGCCAUAGACAUCUGUCUCUGCAACUGUGGAUUUAUGUACAUAUUUAAUUAUGAACAUUUGAAUGAAGACAUGAUCAAAAUAUACAAAUUGAUAGAUGCUGAAAAUGAUUACUGCGAUAAUUAACCUACUGAGAAGGCCUACAAAUUACUGAUUGCAACAUUGCGUAAUCAAAUUCUACAGAUCUUUAAAAAGGCUGUGGAUCAUGAAUGUGGUGUUAGCCAAUUCUUAUAAUCGGAAUCUCAAUCCUACUAGUAUUUAAUUGAAGACAUUCCUCAUAUCACAUACUUAUAAGAUUUACUUAAGAGUUUGGCUAAGAAUUUAGUUAAGCAUAUUGAAUACACAGAUGAUUCCAAAGAAUACUACCAUCUAAAUUUGAUAUCAUCUAAAUUAAUCAUUGAGAUCUUGGAAUGUACUUCAAAGAAUAUUGUUGGUCAAAAUAUUCUUCUCUACUCAGACUAUACACAAAAUCCCUACAAGGCUAAACCAAUUUUCUAACUCUACAGCAUCAUAGAGUUGGUUCAACAAUCCAUAUAAAAUUACAAUAACUUACCAUUUUAAUCAGUCUACACAUCAAUUAUUGAAUAGUUCAUUAGUUUACUCUUCAGAUUAUUUGUAUCUAUACCCAACAAUGUCAUUCAUCCAGGAGAUGUAAGAAAAAGAGCCAUUCAAACACUCAUGUUCAAUAAACAAGAAAACAUUAUCGACUUCAUUACUAAUCUAUCCAAUUAACUCACUAACAUCCCCUACUUUAUUAAACAUGUUAAAUUGCUCUAAUACCUAUUGAAAUAAAUCGAAUCCAACAACAAAGAAAUCAAGGAUCAAAAUGUCACCUUGCCCAGCGAACCACGUUCACAUUAAGUUGUCUUUUAACUCAUACAAGAAAAGAUUUUACAAUAGCAAUCCAAGGGAAAACAACAAUAAGUCUUGAGUUCCUUUUUCAAAUAGACUGUUCUGGAGGGCGAUAAAAUGUUGAAAUAUUAAUCUUUAACAGUAAGUGAGGUAACACCAUGGAAGUUGGCAUUUAAAGAAUUGAAAAAAGAAGUGCCAACACAACCAAGCACAUUCGUCUACCCAGAAGUGCUAUAUAAAGAUCAAAUCUUUAAAUUAGUUCCCUUGGAAAUACCAACCUAUCCAAAAACACUCAUAAAUGACAUAAUGUCAUUAUAGAUUAGACAACCCAUGAUCUCCAAAGACAGGAUAGGCUUUGCAAAGAUAUCAACAGUCCAACCUACUCUAGAACCAAUAAGACCUGCUGUUCCUAUUCCUAUAAGGACACCAACAGUCGACGCUCCCCCUCCUCUUUACAAACCAGAGAUGAUGUUCCCAUUGUAGUAACCGAAUGUGCAACCUCAUCAAAAUCCCAUCAAUAGCACACCUGUCAUUCCGAUAAGGCCUUAGAAUGCAAGUAGCAACUACAAUUUAUUGGAUUCGAUAGCUCCUCCUGUUACAUUCCACCAAUUGGAAGACCCAAGACUCUAAAGAAGACAAGAGUAUAAUAUGCAUCCAAUGUAAUCGAUUUAACAAUAGAGCGGCAUUUAGUAAUAGCAAUAAUAAUAGCAAUUGUAAUAACAAUAGGCUAUGCAACAAAACCUUCAUUAACCUUAUCCAAUUUCUUAAAUGCCCAUGUUUAUGCCCUAGAUGUCUAAUCAAAUGGGCAGCCAAUUGCCCAGUUAGAUGGCACCAGCUAUGCAAUAAGCCUAGCCUCAGUAGUAAGUUCCUCCACAACAACCAGUUCUGCAAUAGCCAAUGAUGCACAUACACGCUCAGCAUCCCGUUUAGUAGCCUCCGAUUUAGUAGUAAUAGCCAUAACCAUAAUAACAACAAUAACCGAAUGAAUUGGCGGAGUUGAUUGCCAUGAUGAAUGAGUAGGAGAAGGCAAUCUUGAGGGAAUUUCUGACUUCGAAGGAUCCAAGGAAAUUGGAGUAGUUGGAGCAGAAGAGAAUGGAAUAUCCAAGAAUUGAUCAAUUUUUAAUGGCGCUAUCGCAAUAGCAAAAAAAGAGAAGCUAAUGA